AUGGGUGCGCAGCUCACGCGCUUCGGACACGUCGUGCCCGGACCCCUCUCGCUCGACCGUAUCUUAAACGCACAAGGCUCCCUCCCGAACAACGCUUGCGGUGUUGUCCCUGCAGCUGGCCAAUCCGAGCCUAUCCACCCAGUCUGCGACGGCGACUUCAUCAUCAGCCCUCUCGAUCUCACUGCCACUUUCCCGUCGCAGUCUAAGACCGCCUCGUACUACGACGAUGGUGUUGACGGCACGUUCGCUCUCACGCAGGAUGCCCGCCUCGACGUAGACGUUCACGCGCAGCUGGGCGUCGAGCGGCGGUACCGCUGCACCGACUCGGGCUCUAUCUGCCACCAGGACGACAUCGAGAUCGCUUUUGGAACUGCACCUAGCCCGACCAGCGCGCAGUCCGCGCUCAUCGCCGAGAUUCACGCACUACUACCAGUUCCUCAGCACGGGCAACGCGACUUCAGGCUGGUACGCGACGUGGGACGCGACGGAAGGGCAGACAGUCAGCCCCUCGACAUCUAG